AUGUUCGAGCCACAUUCCACGUCUCAACAUUCACGAUCCAACGUGGCGGCAGACACGCCCCAGACAAAAAUUGAUGAAGGCACCCUUGUGCGCCGAAACCCAAAGCGUAAACGCACCGCCGCACUGCCCAUCGAGUCUACUGUCGUAUCUUAUAAGAUUCGCCUUCCACCAUCAUCUACCCCUGCCCUAUCAACCCCGUCUGUCUCCUCCUCUGUCAUCGACUUAUCAAGCGAUGAGGAGGAACCCUCUAUCAUCACCAUCGAAGAUUCACCAGUUCUCCCACGACGUCACUACACUUCAAAAUCCGCCAAUCCGCUCCCCAACCUUCACCGAACUGACACGCCUUCUCUCAAACACAGACGACCGCCUUACCAUGAGGAUAAUCUAUUUCAAAGUGUAUUCCCUGAUCGUCUGUUUCAGCAUGUCCAGGGCUCGCAAACGCUGUAUACGGCUCGUUCAAUGCCGUUGCGCCAUCGUGACAAAGGCAAAGGAUGUGUAGGCGCGCAUCUUACCGAAUCCUCAUCAUUGCAAUUUCUUGGUAUAGAUCCACAUACUCGGUCGGAACCUUUCGCCACAAACGAUGGCCCUUUGGCCACCAGAGACAGCGAUCAAGAGCGGAAAAUCAUCCCGGACCAUCACCGUGACGCGUACCCAGCCAUUUCGCGUUUAUUCGAUCCCCCGUCGUACGAUCAAUCGCCAGCUUCGAGACAUACAGACCCCGCGCAGCUUUACUGGAAUGAGAAAUGGCGACCGCGGCAGGCGAUAGAAGUUCUAGGAAAUGAGCGGAACGCCUGCUAUCUGCGAGAUUGGAUGAAUGCGUUACGACUUCAUUUUGACGAGCAUGCAGAUCAGCCCUCAGGCUCGCAGAGAAGAAGCCAAAGUAGCCAGAAGUCAAAAGUAGGGUCUCAGCCAACCUUUCACCGUAAGCGCAAGGUUGCAAGACGUCCUCUGAUCUUGCGAGAGGUAAAUCGUUCCAAGAAACGGCAACGCCGCGGCGAAUUAGACUGGAUCGUGGAUGAUGAUGCAUCGGAGGAUGAGUUACUGAUCGACGAUGACUAUCUGGAUUCUCUGUCCCUUGGGAACGAUGAGGAAUCACUUCUUCCUACACAAACUAAUGACGGCUGGUCAAUUCACUCGAAACCGUUCACGUUCGGAAGCAAGAUUCACAACACUCUGCUGCUUUCAGGCCCGUCGGGAAGUGGGAAGACCGCGGCAAUCUAUGCUUGUGCGGAAGAAUUAGGUUGGGAGGUCUUUGAAGUAUAUCCAGGAGUCGGCAAGCGUGGGUCUGCUAGCUUGGAAAAUCUGAUUGGUGAUGUUGGAAAGAAUCACCUGGUUCAACAGCCGCGUUUUCGGCUCGAGGAGGAUAAAGCUUCGGCACCCAUUGAUCCACUCCCCUCAACAUCAGCUAUUCGAGACUUCUUUACAUCACAUUCAGAUGGAGCUGCGAAACCUCCUCUUAGACGCUUGCGGCGGAAGACAUCGCAAGAUGAUGUUGUUCCGGUGGAUGUUAGAUGGAGGCUUACGGACGAUGAAGAACUGCCUUCAAUAAUCACUGAUACCCCGACAAUACAGGUACCUCAGACGAAUGAGUCAUUUCGCCAGUCUAUUGUUUUGUUCGAAGAGGUAGAUGUACUCUUCAAAGACGAUGUCGGUUUCUGGCCCGCUGUCAUCAAGUUCAUCAAGGAUUGUAAACGGCCAGUGGUUAUGACUUGUAACGGUGGGUGUCCGUUUAGUAUCCCUCAAGGGUGUUUCAUCUGA